CACCCCGCGCCGGGAAGCGGUGGUUUUACCUGUUGGGUAGGGUGUAGCCCCUACUGGGCUGGCGCGUCGCUCCGAUGUGACGUGUCGGCCCGCCCUGGGAUAUGGUCGGUGUGACCUCAUAGACCGUGGCUGUGACGCUGGGACAGGAACGAGGAGCAGCGGCUUCACAGGAUACUGUGCAGACCAUCACCUAUGAAAUUCUUCCAUAGUCGGGUGCAAAAUUUUGAUGCCUACCUCUGAGUCCCUCCCCAAGUGCCACUAUGCCAGCCGCAACAGUGGACCACAGCCAGCGGAUUUGCGAGGUCUGGGCCUGCAACCUGGAUGAACAGAUGAGAAGAAUACGCCAAGUUAUACGCAAGUAUAAUUAUGUUGCAAUGGAUACAGAGUUUCCAGGUGUUGUAGCACGACCAAUAGGGGAAUUCAGAAGCAACGCAGACUACCAAUAUCAACUACUACGCUGCAAUGUAGAUCUAUUAAAGAUCAUCCAGUUGGGAUUGACAUUCAUGAAUGAACAAGGAGAAUACCCACCAGGCACCUCAACGUGGCAAUUUAAUUUUAAAUUUAAUUUAACGGAAGAUAUGUAUGCCCAGGACUCCAUAGAGCUGCUCACUUCCUCUGGCAUCCAGUUUAAGCAGCAUGAAGAUGAAGGCAUUGAAACAGAAUAUUUUGCUGAAUUGAUUAUGACCUCAGGAGUAGUACUUUGUGAUGGUGUUAAAUGGCUUUCCUUUCACAGUGGUUAUGAUUUUGGCUAUCUAAUAAAGAUACUUACUAACUCAAACUUGCCUGAGUUAGAACUUGACUUCUUUGAAAUUCUGCGACUGUUUUUCCCUGUAAUUUAUGAUGUAAAAUACCUAAUGAAAAGCUGCAAAAACCUGAAGGGGGGACUUCAGGAAGUUGCAGAACAACUUGAACUGGAGCGGAUAGGACCACAGCAUCAAGCAGGCUCAGACUCGUUACUAACUGGAAUGGCUUUCUUCAAAAUGAGAGAAAUGUUUUUUGAAGAUCAUAUAGAUGAUGCAAAAUAUUGUGGCCAUUUAUAUGGCUUGGGAUCUGGUUCAUCAUAUGUGCAGAAUGGGACAGGAAAUGCAUAUGAAGAGGAAGCCAAUAAGCAAUCAUAAUGCACACAUGAACAAUCUGCACUUUCGAGCUACAUCCAAGCUACAUACUUUUUGUACAUGUUUUAUCUGAUAUUAAAUUGCUCAUCCAUGCACUCCUAAACUCUCAGCACACUCUGCCUUGCUUCACCCCAAAGUGGAACUAUUUGGCCUUGACACCAGUCCGUGUCUCAAUAUCCUGUUUGCCUUAUCUAGAUCACACCAAGACACAAUAGCCCCUCUAAAAACAUCAUAACCAAUCUCAUUGCAUUUAGGUAUCAGGUAAGAGAUGUUUGCCUAAAAUUUUUAACUUUUCUCAUAACUGAUAUCUACUGAUAAACUAUGCCAAAUCCAGUCUGUUAAACAGUUCACAACUAUUGACCAUCAAGUUAUUUGCACUUAAAUACAAGGAGGCUGUAUAUUUUGUAGUCCAUAUACUUAUUCCUUUUUCCUCUAGGCUUUAAACCUGAAAUUGAAGUAUCGGCAGAUAAAUGGUUUUAAAGUAUAGCUAUUCUAAACAGUCAAAAGUGAAAAUAACAUGCAGCCUGGCAUGGACAUUUUGAACGAAUUAUAUCCUGGUGGGUUUCUGACUGCAGGUUUAAAACAAAAAAAAAAGUUAAAUUAACCUAAUAGGACGUUUUUCUGUUUUAUUUCUAAACUUUACCUUUUCUGACCCACAGAAUGCAUUCUCUUUGCUUCCUGAAUUCUCAAAUAUUUUAACCCAGUUCAUGUUUACACAGUCCUCAGUUGUUUUUUUUUGUUUUGUUUUUUUUAUUAAAUUGUAUUUAUUAUGUGGUUCAUUUUUGAAAAAUAUAUAGAUUUUUUUUCCCUGUAAUUGCUGGAACCCCGCACCCAAAAACCCCCACCAAGAGCCUCGUACAAAAAAAAGGACUUUUUAUAAAAGAGAAAAUAAAUCUCCGCUGUGUACUGGUUUUGAAAUGGGAAUAAUGCAAUUUAUCACUUUAUUUUUCCCAUGAAGAUAUAUAAUUGUUUGUUGCAACAACAAAAAUGCAUGUAGUUGGAUGGUAUUGCAGCUAUAGUGUAAUACUAGGACACUCAUUGACAAUAUCUUUGCAAUAUAUUUUUAUAUAGAUAUAUAAAGUCUGUGUAGACUGCAGUAAAGCAACGUGUUUAGCCAUACUUUCCGGAGUAAACUGAUAGUAUUGGAUGUUUUGUUUUGUUUUUUUGUAACUUCCACAAUAACUGAUAUUUCCCCAAAAUUUAAAGUGUAUAUUUUAUUCCCAUGCCACAACCAUCUGUUAAAUACCAGCAAACAUUUCUACUUUGGAAAAUCUUUUUGUUUAUUUUUCAAGUAUGUUACAGUAUUGUAACAGAGUGGUCCUUUUUAAGAAAAAGAAAAAAAAGAGGAAAAAAAAUGAAAACAAGUUUGCAACAAAAAAAAAUUUGUUUUUAAAGCUUUUGGUAAAUAAAGGCUUAAAUUGUUUUCUAA